AUGCCCAACCGGCACUACCACAGUCAUGCUGGCGGGCUGGAUCGCGAGGACAGGGGGGGGGUAACCCGCUUCUCCCGCUCCAAGUCUAAGGGAAAGGGGAAGAAGCAUGCUUCGCCACCGCCGCAGGCUCAAGCGGAGGAGCCCAAUGUCGAUGAUGAUGUUGAGGCGGACCUGUCUUCCGUCAGGAACGUCUCCGCAGGCUCGGAUCCGUCGGCCAGAGCGUCGAAGAGUGUUGGUAGGCAGUCGACGGGGGCUGCCCCGCAGGGUUCGUCUUCGCAGACGGUACCUGCCCCGUCCACACGUCGCAAGUCCGCGCCCCCCGUUACCGGUGCUGGUAGCGGGAGCGGCGGCGGCAGCAGCAGUGCCGCGCCCGCAGCAUCCUCCGCCGCAACAUCUUCGCAGAGCACCUCACGCAGGACUUCUGGUACGUUUGGCGAGAUCACACCCUCGCGCCCUGCUGCUGCCUCCGGCUUCGGUUCUGGUGCUGCCCCCGUCGCUGCUGAUGCUGCCUCCGGCUCCGGUUCUUCUGAUCGUGAGAUCACGAUAACGUCCGCCAUGACCCCGGCUGAAGCCAUGGCGCGCGUUAUGGUGGUUCUCGGCGGAGCUGCGGCAGGCCCAAUCUUCAUCUACAUGCUUCAGAAGCAUAUGGAGGAACACGUAGAGCGAUUCGUCAAAGUUGCCCUGACCGUAAGGUCUCUAGUCAUCGCGGUGGUCGAAUACAACGUUGUGCUUAUGCUGCUGAAAUAUUAG